GAGGUGGCCCGGCUGUGGGGACUGCGCAAGAACAAGACCAACAUGAAUUAUGACAAGCUGAGCCGGGCUUUGCGAUACUACUAUGACAAGAAUAUCAUCCGCAAGGUGAGUGGCCAGAAGUUCGUCUACAAGUUUGUGUCCUACCCCGAGGUUGCACGGUGCUCCACAGAGGACUGCCCACCCCAACCUGAGGUGUCUAUAGCCUCCACAGUGGCAAAUGUGGCCCCUGCUGCUAUACAUGCAGCCUCUGGGGACACUGCCUCCGGAAAGCCAGGCACACCCAAGGGUGCAGGAAUGGCAGGCCCAGGCAGUUUGGCGCGCAGCAGCCGUAAUGAAUACAUGCGCUCGGGCCUCUAUUCCACGUUCACCAUCCAGUCCCUACAGACACAGCCACAACCACCCCCUCAUCCUCGGCCUGCCUCGGUGCUCCCCAUCACCACCCCUUCAGGAGCAGCAGUUCCCCCUUCAGGGAGCAGGAGCACCAGUCCAAAUCCCUUGGAGGCCUGUCUAGAGGCAGAAGAGGCGGGCCUGCCUCUGCAGGUCAUCCUGACUCCACCUGAGGUUCCAAACCUGAAAUCAGAAGAGCUGAAUGUGGAGUCAAGUUUGGGCCGGCCACUUCCCCCAGAA